AAUUUUGUUGAUAAACCCCAGGAAGAGACGCCUUUUUUCUCUCUAGGCAAUUCCAGUCCAAUUCCUGACUUCUUCUUCCUUUAGCUGCAUCAUUUCCUCUGUUACUCUGCUCACAGCAGGUGUUAUAGCUUCAUCUCUUCACCUUCACGGUCAUCACUAUAAUCAGCUACAUACCUUCUCACCCCGCAUUCGUGAUAUUUCCUGUUCACGAGAGUCAUUGAUCGCUCUUCAGUACUAUCUCAAGUUAUCAAUAACUAAGAGUGAUUAUCAGCAUCAAAAUGCCUGCUCCCGUGGGUAACCCCCAGACCCUCUACGAUAAGGUGUUCUCGGCACACAUCGUCGACGAAAAGCUCGAUGGCACAAUUCUUCUCUACAUCGACCGGCACUUGGUCCACGAGGUGACAUCACCACAAGCCUUCGAGGGUCUCGAAAAUGCAGGCCGCAAAGUCCGGAGACCUGAUUGCACUCUUGCAACCACUGAUCACAAUGUCCCCACCACAUCCCGCAAAGCCCUGAAGGACAUUGCUUCAUUCAUCGAGGAGGACGAUUCGCGAACACAGUGUGUCACUCUAGAAGAGAAUGUCAAAAAGUUUGGUGUCACAUAUUUCGGCCUGGGCGACAAACGACAAGGUAUUGUGCACAUCAUCGGCCCCGAGCAGGGCUUCACUCUCCCCGGAACCACCGUCGUGUGCGGAGACAGUCAUACCUCGACACACGGCGCCUUCGGUGCCCUUGCCUUUGGUAUCGGUACCAGCGAGGUUGAGCAUGUCUUGGCCACCCAAUGUCUCAUUACCAAGCGCAGCAAGAACAUGAGGAUACAGAUUGAUGGCGAGCUGGCCCCUGGCGUCAGUUCUAAGGAUGUCGUUCUCCACGCCAUCGGCAGGAUCGGAACUGCCGGAGGUACUGGUGCCGUUAUUGAGUUUUGCGGGUCCGUUAUCCGUAAUCUGAGCAUGGAGGCUCGCAUGUCCAUCUGUAACAUGUCCAUCGAGGGUGGUGCCCGCGCUGGUAUGGUUGCCCCCGAUGAGACCACUUUUGAAUAUCUCAAGGGACGGCCCCUGGCCCCCAAGUAUGGCUCAGAGACUUGGAACCAGGCCGUUGCCUACUGGAAGUCUCUCCAGUCUGAUCCUGGCGCCAAAUACGACAUUGAUGUCUUUAUUGACGCCAAGGAUAUCAUUCCCACCAUUACUUGGGGAACCAGCCCCGAGGAUGUCGUUCCCAUCACCGGAUGUGUCCCUGAUCCUGAGACCUUUAGCAGUGAGAGUAAGAAGGCUGCUGGCCGACGCAUGCUUGAGUAUAUGGGCUUGACGGCUGGAACACCAAUGGAGGAUAUUCCUGUCGACAAGGUGUUUAUCGGAUCGUGCACCAACGCCCGGAUUGAGGAUCUGAGAGCCGCUGCCAAUGUUGUAAAGGGGCGCAAGGUUGCUGAUAACAUUAAGCGCGCCAUGGUUGUCCCUGGAUCCGGUCUUGUGAAGGCACAGGCAGAGGAGGAGGGUCUUGACCAGAUCUUUGUUGAUGCUGGUUUUGAGUGGAGAGAGGCUGGGUGUAGCAUGUGUCUGGGCAUGAACCCUGACAUUCUGGCCCCCAAGGAACGAUGUGCCAGUACAUCCAACCGAAACUUCGAGGGUCGACAGGGUGCUCUUAGCCGAACUCACCUCAUGUCUCCUGUCAUGGCAGCUGCCGCCGCUAUUGUUGGUAAGCUUGCCGAUGUUCGCAAGCUGUCACACUACACCCAUCAAUCUGCCUUUAAGCCCCGUGAGCUCCCUGCGGAAGAGCCACACGUGGACGAGCGAACCAGGGAUGACUCUGAGGAGCGAGAGAUGAUCGGAGACCAGCCUCAGGACUCUCAGCCUCACACCAACACUCUGGCCAGCGCUGGGGGUGCCGCUUCUGGUCUGCCUAAGUUUACUAUCUGGAAGGGUACCGCGGCUCCUCUGGACCGAUCUAAUGUUGACACCGACGCCAUCAUUCCUAAGCAGUUCCUCAAGACCAUCAAGCGAACAGGUCUUGGUACCGCACUGUUUUACGAGCUUCGAUACAAGGAGGAUGGGUCUGAGAACCCCGACUUCAUCUUGAAUCAAGAGCCUUUCCGACAGGCCAAGACUCUGGUUGUCACUGGACCCAACUUCGGAUGCGGCAGUUCUCGAGAGCACGCCCCUUGGGCCCUUCUGGACUUUGGCAUCAAGUGCAUCAUCGCCCCCUCCUUCGCUGAUAUCUUCUUCAACAACACUUUCAAGAACGGCAUGCUCCCCAUUAGGAUCGAGGACAAGGACAACCUCGAAGCCAUCGCCGCUGAGGCUCGUGCCAACCGCGACAUUGAGAUCGAUCUACCCAAUCAGUUAAUCAAAAAUGCUGACGGAGAGACCAUCUGCUCAUUCGAGGUUGAGGAGUUCCGCAAGCACUGCCUGGUCAAUGGUCUCGACGACAUUGGCCUGACCAUGCAACAGGAGGACAAGAUUGCCGAGUUCGAGCGACGCAUGACACAAAACACCCCAUGGCUCGACGGCACAGGCUACCUGAAGCGUCCCGGGCAGGGUGGCAAGCUGGCCGCUAAGGCUGUACCCGUUCCCAAAACAAAUAGGGGCGAGGAGAAGAAGGAGCCCCUCGAGUGGUGAUUCAGACCGAGGGAUGAGGGAAUGAAGAACUUAUUUAACGGCGAAGGGAUCUGGGUUACUAGCAUAUGAUGAUUAGCAUGUGGUUUUUGUGGUUUUAAAUAUUUGCUGGGGUUGAUGGACAAAAAGGAUUGCUGGCUUUGCUCACACUGAAUGCAGAAGCACUGAAAAAUUUGGAGUAGAUGUCGACUCGUAACUCUUGAGGAGAUUUAUGAAUCAAAACGAUCAUAAUUAAUAGGAACAGAUUGAAACGAAAACUCUUUUAUACGAUGUAAAACUUGGUACACCCGUGCUAUCUGAUUAUUGCCUAAGGUAGGUAGAAUGUGCUACGAGGUCAAUAAAGUAAUAUCAGUCCCUCUUUUUGG